CCUCUCAAUGCGACCCGACGAGCAGCCGCCCACUCCAAGCCGACAAUGGAGGGCGGCGUCGAUCUUUACCAUGGGCGCUGUCGGCGUCUUAUGUCGCGGGUUCUUGUUCGGAUUGAGCAACACCGAAGUCUACGGCAUGCGCGAAUUCCUCGAGCUUCUCGAUGAACGGGAAAAUGUUGAGGGAAGGCGCCGAGGAUUGAUUACAGUCUCGAAUCAUGUGUCUGUGAUGGAUGAUCCUCUGGUUUGGGGCGUGCUUCCCCUGCGAUAUUUGGGCAAUCCGGACAACAUGCGCUGGGGCUUGGGAAGCUACGAUCUGUGUUUUCAGAACAGAGCACUCUCAACCUUCUUUUCUCUUGGCCAGGUCCUCCCCACGCAUCGCAGCGCCCAUUCCGAGUUCGGUGGCCUGUUCCAACCCACCAUCACUCAAGCCAUUCGCCUCCUCUCACGCGGCCCCUUCGUUCACCCGAACGAUCGUCCAGCGAGGCUGGACAACCCUCGCCCUGACUGCUCCGACCCAUUCAGCUCCGGUCAACUCACCUACUCGACCAACGGUCGCGACACGUUUCCUGCGCCAGCGGCCUACCUCAAUCGUCGUCAUAGCUGGAUACACAUAUUUCCUGAAGGCAAGGUGCACCAGAAAGAAGACAGGACAAUGCGCUAUUUCAAGUGGGGUGUUUCUAGGCUAAUCUUGGAGAGUGAUCCGUGCCCCGAUAUCGUUCCCAUGUGGAUCGAGGGGCCAGAAGAGAUCAUGCACGAGACGCGCACGUUCCCGCGAUUUAUACCCCGGCCGUUUAAGAACGUCAGCAUAACGUUUGGCGAGAAGCUAGACAGUGAGAAGGUGUUUGGCGAUUUGCGCGCCAGGUGGAAACGGAUGCGCGCAAAGGCGGAAGCGCGGGGAAGCCUAGAAGUCGGCGUGCUGAACGAUGCGCUUAGGUACUCAGACGAAGCUGUCAAGAUCCGGAAGGAGUGCACCAUGCGGAUCAGAGCGGCGGUCCUCGCCGUCAGACGGACGCGCGGCCUCCCAGACGAGGACCCCAAGGUCGGCCUCGCGGAGACGUAUGCGAUGGAAGGAAAUAGGGGAGAGGGUAGGAAGGCCGAUGGGAGUAUGGUGAAAGAGACCUGAUAUAUCAGGCUGCUGUAAGAUAGGCAUUGCAGCCUUGCAGGGCGGCGCAGGAAAGGUUGGAAAGCUGCAUUUAGCCCCGAGCAGAGGCAGAGGAUUGGGUAGCGCAGGCAGCGUUGUCAGAUUAGAUCAAGUAAUUCACCCUCAGCGACGCCUGUUCAGCCUCACUG